GUUUUCUUUGAACAUCCCUUUCCUUUAUUGAUCGUCUUCGAAUGAAACUCGAUCGCCGAUAAUAUCAGCACCAUUUGCAACUGCGGAAAUGAAUGUAAGAAACAUUGCUGAAGAUUCAAUUUUCAUCUAUGCAAAUUCGUAUAGAAGAUACCAUUCAAUUGGGUAUUAGCCAAAGUACCAAACUCUUUAAAUCCAAUCCAAUUCAAGCAAACACUUUUCUGAUUGCAAUAACACGAAUGAAAUGGGAUAUCACAAUGUGCAGGUACGCUCUCUCUCUGUUCUUCACGGUUCCCUAAAGAGAUAUAUGAACACUUUAACUUCUAAUGGUUUCAUCAGUGCCCAUCAAAUGUUCGACGAAAUGUCUAACUGGGAUGUUGUGUCAGCAACAAAGACAAUCACUCGCUUAGUUCAUGAAAACCAAAACGAAAAGGCAAUUUCAAUCUUCUCAAGAAUGCUUAUCUUAGGGAUUAGACCCAAUGAGUUUACACUAAGCACCAUGAUUAACAUCUCUAUUGUACAAAAGGAUCUCAACUUAGGUCAGCAAUUCCAUUCUUUCGCCAUAAAGACAAACCUUCAUUCAAUAGUCUUUGUGGGUAGUGUACUUCUUAACCUCUAUGCCAAAAUCAGCACAAUGGAUGAAGCUUCUCGAGCUUUUAGAGAUACCCUCGAACCAAAUGUAGUUUCCUUUACAUCUUUAAUGCAUGGAUACUUAAACAAAAGAAUGUACCAGGAAGCUCUCGAAAUCUUCCAGACAAUGCCAACGAAGAGUGUCGUUUCAUGGAACGCGAUGAUUAGUGGGUACAGUCAAAAUGGAGAAAACGAAGAGGCUAUCAAUCUUUUCAUUCAAAUGUUGAGAGAAAAAUUUGUGCCUGAUCAUUCAUCUUUUCCUUGCACAAUUACUGCAGCAGCCAAUAUGACUGCGGUUGGAACGGGUAGAAGUUUACACGCAUGUGCGGUUAAGUUUUUGGGUAAACUUGAAAUUUUCGUCGCCAAUUCUUUAAUCAGCUUAUACGCAAAAUGUGGGUGUAUUGAGGAUGGACACAUGGUCUUUGACAAACUUCAAGAAAGAAAUAUUGUUUCGUGGAAUGCACUCAUAACUGGCUACGCGCAAAACGGAAGAGGGAAAGAGGCAAUAGUUUUAUUUGAAAAGAUGCGGUUUAAAGGUAUUCGUCCUAAUAGUGUAACAUAUCUUGGCAUAUUGUUGGCUUGUAACCAUAUAGGUUUUGUCGAAGAAGGAUUCUCUUAUUUCAAUCAUGCAAGAAAGGAGGAUUCAAAGAUGUUAAAAGCAGAGCAUUAUGCUUGUAUGGUUGAUCUUCUUUCACGAUCAGGUCGUUUCGAUGAAGCAGAGAAGUUUAUUUCUGAUUUGCCUUUUGACCCGGGUAUUGGAUUUUGGAAGGCGGUUUUAGGUGGUUGUCGGAUACAUUCGAAUGUAGAGCUGGGACAGAUGGCAGCCAGAAAGAUUCUAGGUUUGGACCCGAAAGAUGUUUCGUCUUACGUUAUGAUGUCGAAUGCUCAUGCUGCUGCUGGGAGAUGGGAUAGGGCUUCAAUGGUGAGGGAAAAGAUGAAGGAGAAGGAGAUGAAAAUGGUGCCUGGAUUCAGUUGGAUUGAAGUGAAGAAGGAAGUUCAUUUUUUUACUAGUUCAGAUGAUAGGCAUAGGGAGAAAGAUGACAUCUAUGAAGUGGUUGGUUUUCUUCUUAAACAUGCAAUGGAUAGACGGUUUGAUGGUUGUUUCUUAAUUUAAUGAUAUGUUAUUCAAUAAAUUUUUGAGAUGAUUCAAAUUA